CCAAUCGGUAAUCAUCAUCCUCAACUUAAUCAAGAGAUACCAUUAUUAUCAUUAAAACAUAACAAUCAUGUCUUUCCUACCUAAUCAAUCUCAAGAACCAUUUUAUUAUCCAGUAAGACCUAACAGUCAUUUUACUUCAUCGUCUCAACAUUCACAUCAACAUCAACAACAACAACAGUACAGAGAUGAACAUGAGAUGACUUCAGUUAGAAAUCCUAAUCAAGCCAAUUCAUCAAAUAAGAAUAAGAAAAAACCAACCCAACAACAUGCCUUUGGUGAUGAUAGUGAUGAUGAAGACGAACAAGCGCCGAAGAAUGAUUCUGAUAGUGAUGAAGAUGAUGGUCAAGGGUUUGGGGUUUAUAAAGAUAAUCAAGAAUCCGAUAAACGUUACAAGAAUGCCAACAUUAAUUCAAACGUAUAUAGAGACGAUCCAUACGCACAAAAUCGGAACGAUCCUAAUGCAUAUUUGAAUUCACCGUCAACUACUGUAGGAGGAGGGACUCCAAAUUAUUUACAAUCAGGUGAAUCCAGUAGUUUAAAAAGACCAAUGGAAUAUAAAAAAUCAGAUUUAGUUCAAAUGCCUGCACUUGGAUCUGAUUGGGCACCAGAUGAAGGUAGAAAUGAUAAAGAUUGGGAAGGUAAACCUCAAAUGAUUGAUAAACCUAAAUGGGCUCAUCGAAAAAACGAGAUGGCAAAUGCUCAAGCUGGUGUAAGACAUUCGAUUCGUGAAUGGUUGGCUGGUCGAAAUAAAGCUUGUGGUUGGUUUGGUAGGAUCCAAGGACUUGUUUUACUUGUGAUCCUUUUGAUAGCAUUGGCUCUCAUGCUCUACUUUUUCAUCCCAAGAGUUCCAACUUUAGCGUACAACAAUCAACAAUUAAUGGUGGGAGAUAAUUCAACAGCAAGUUUUAAGAGAUUAGAUCCGAUUGGAUUCUCGUUUGAUGCUAAGAUCAAUUUAGCGUUUAAUGCCAAAAAUUCUUAUCUUGGUCCAAAGGUUUCUAACUUAGUAGUGAUUGUUGAAGAUUUGAGUACCGCUGGUGCUAUUGAGGUUGGGAGAGGAAAUUCAGAUCAUGAUGUGAUUUCCCUCAAAACUAAAGAUUAUACACCUUUUACAGCUACUGUUCAUUUCAAAUAUGGUGCAAGUGCGAUCACCGAUUCGAUUUGGUCAAGUUAUUAUACAGCUUGUGGUCAUAUGUGGCCAGGAAAUAGUACAAGACCUACUUUGAAUCUAGCUAUUGGAGUUUCAUAUAAAGUUUCUGGAAUUUCUGGAGAACAAUUUGAAUCGACUGUCUUAAAUUCAAUUGGCUGUCCUGUUGAAUUACCUGCUAAUGCUGCUUGAUUUAAUUUCAGAAUCUAUCAUAUUGGGAUUCAAGGAUAAGAUACAUGGUUUCCUCUUUUUUUGGCAAUGUUUUUUUUUGGUUUUGUAUUAGAAAUUGAAGGAAUAUUCAAACGAGAUAACAUUAUGGUGGACAGUUAUUUUAUGGUGGAUGGUUAUCUUUUAAUAUUUGAUUGAUUUUUCUUUAUCACCAUGGAUUUUUUUCUUACAAAAAGAUCAAUUAAAUUUAUUAAAUUUUGACCAAUUGUUAUUUCCUAUUUUAAUUUUCUCCAUUUUCUUUAUUGUACUAAUUAUUAUCUGUUCAGCAUUUUUAAUAAUUUGAUUCAUUUAAAAAACUUGAUGAUAGAUAAUGGUUUGAUUGUCAUUGUUUAUGAACUUGGAGGUCUCAAUUUCAAUGAUUCUUUCUU